UUUGGCGCGAAAUACCAGUGCAACAAUUUGUUUAUAUAUAAAUAAAUAAAUACAAUAUAUAUACUUUCGUGGGAAACCAGAAUGGACCAGUAUCCGGAUGAGAACGAGGAGUUCGAGCUGCAAUACCAAGACGAACUAGAGCUGCUGGAGGAUUUGCCGGACGAGUUCACCGCAUACGAUGGACCCAGCACAUCAAAACAGGCGGCUGCGAAGCAAAAGGAAAACAGAGCUCCUGCCCCGGCAUUGAAGGAUGUCACCCGGGUUGGAAACUCCACUCUGGGAUCGCCACAACUGUCGCAGAUUACCUUUGGAAGCAGCCAGCUGGGUGGCGAAGAUGAGGGAGAGGGCACUGCAACUGGAGGCCAUGUCAAUCGGCGGCUUUUUGGAACGCCCAAAGGUCCAUCGGUGGGCAGGGGCUGCUCCACGCCCUUCCAGCGAAUGUCCGCCAUCCAGGAGCUGGAAAACACACAACUAACCAGCCGGGGCUUUGGCCUGGAAAAGGAAAAUCCAGCAGCAAAUCAGCUCCAGGAAGUGGGUCUUAAGAAUGUCAAUAAGCGGCGCCUGGAACGUGAUCUCUUCGGGGACAUUGAUGACCUGUUCCACGAGUCCUACGAGGACCCCAUGGUGAAGAAAGCACGAACCGAGGAGCAGCGAGAUCACGAGGCCAUCGACAGGAUUCUCGAGCUGCGGCGAAAGCUGCGAGAGUCCAGCAAAACUCUGCGAAAGGAUGACGUAAGUCGCCUGAAGGCGCUGCACGACUUCAAGAUGAGAAACCUAUCGUACGAGAUCCCAAACUGGCCCUUCCUGGCCAUUCAGCGCAGUGAUCUCGAGCGGAUCUACGUGAGAUUCCACUCCGAGGACUAUGAGCAAAGGCAAUUGGAUCUGAUCAGUGCCAGAGGCGAGGUGGUGGGCAGUCUUUUGGGCGAGGCCAAGGAGAAGGUCUGGCAGGAAGCCGGGGAAAUAGUCUUAAGUCGCGCAACAGCCGCAGAAGAGGCAGAUGUAACACUCGUGGAUAGCAACUCCAAUACAGAACCCGGACGCCUUUGGGUGGACAAGUACAAGCCAAGGAAAUACAUCGACCUGCUCUCCGAUGAAAUGACCAACAGGAGCCUGCUCUACUGGCUGAAAAUGUGGGACAAAGUGGUCUUUGGCAAAGCCUUCCACAGCAAACGGGAACAGGAGGCGGUGACCGCAGAGGGCGGCACUGCUGGAGGAGCUGGCAACCAGCUGAAUAGCUUUAAUAAGCGCACGGGCAAAUUCGAAUCCAAUGGCGGCUGGCGGCAGCGCAAGUCUCGACAAGCUCUCAACACAAAUGUGGAUGCCUUGGGUAGGCCCAUGCAGAAGGUGGCACUACUAUGUGGUCCUCCAGGUCUGGGUAAAACUACACUGGCGCACACGAUCGCCCGGCAUGCUGGUUACAAUGUCCGGGAGAUUAACGCAUCCGAUGAUCGCAGUCCAGAGGCCUUCAAACUGGCUUUGGAGAAUGGCACACAAAUGUCUUCGGUUCUGAAUGAAGACAAACGACCCAAUUGCAUUGUUUUAGAUGAAAUCGAUGGCGCCCCUCGUCAAUCUAUUGAGUAUCUGGUCAAGUUCAUCAGCGAUGCUGUCUACAGCAAAGUCAAAGUCAAAGGAGCCAAGGCAGAGCACAACGUCCUAAAGCGACCCAUUAUCUGCAUUUGCAACGAUGUCUACGAUCCCGCCCUGCGUCCUUUAAGACAGGUGGCCUUCGUGGUCAGUUUCCCGCCCAUCGAUGCAGCGCGUCUGGCGGAAAGAUUAGUUAAAAUUGCUCACAGAGAGCAGCUGAAAACGGACUUUGGUUCUCUUAUCGCUCUAGCGGAGAAAUCCGGAAACGAUGUGAGGAGCUGUAUAUCAUCCAUGCAGUUUUUUAAUGCCCAAAAGCACAGUCUAACUCUGCAAGAUGUGCUCAACAAUAAUCUGGGUCAAAAGGACAGGCAUCAAGGACUUUUCGCCGUGUGGGAUGCCAUAUUCCGGAUACAACGUCCGCGGAAAACCCUGCAGACAGACGUCAAUAAGGUCGAUGAGCCCGCCCAGGUCACAAUGACAAACACGUCUGUGACAACGCGAGUUCGCAAUGUUCUGGAGGUUGUCCACUCCAGUGGGGAUUACGAAAGACUAAUGCAAGGCGUGUAUGAGAAUUACCUGCAACAGAAGAUGCCCGAUCCGAACUUUACGGGCGUGUGCGAAGCGCUCAAAUGGUUUUGCUUCACGGAUACGGUGCAGCAUCAGAUCAGCAGACAGCAGAACUACAGUGUGUACCCGUACAUGCAGUACGGUUUUGUCGUUUGGCAUUUGCUGUUUGCCACACUGGCCUGGCCGAAAAUCGCAUUUCCCACGCGUGGCUUUGAGUUCCAGCAGAAGAGCACCAACCAGAGAAACAUCUUUCAGGCCAUCUGCAAAGGUGUCACCACCUCUGCACUGGGUGUGGGUCAGGGCGGAACUCUGCUCCUCGAUACGGUGCCGCUGCUGAAGAGGAUUCUAUCGCCGCAACUACGCUCCGUCGCUGUGCAGUUGCUGUCUCCAAAGGAGCAGCAGGACUUGCGUCACACCAUCGAGGUGAUGGUUGAUCUCGGCCUAACGUUCGUGCAGGUCAAGUCCCAGGAAGGACAUUAUGUCUUUCAAACCGAACCAGAUCUCGAUGCACUCAGUGCUUUUCCAGGCUACACAGGGCUCUCGCUUCCCUACUUUAGUCGCCAGUUGAUAGCCCGCGAGGUGGACUUGGAACGCAUCCGACGAGCUGCCCCCAAGGGCGGAGCACCCUCAGCUCCGGCCGCAAAAAAGAAGCCAACAGGAGCUGCAGCGCAGCUGCCCAAUCAUUUGCAAACAUUGAAGCCGAAACCAAUUUCGGCCUCUAAUAUGCACAGUGCACCCAAGCAGCAGCUCACAAAGGACUUUUUUGGCCGCAUUACUCACAAAUCGACCUCGACAAACUCAGCUGAGGAAUCCAAGACCGAUGCUAUUGUGAAAAGUCCUAUUUGGUAUCGCUACAAGGAGGGUUUCAACAACGCCGUCCGCAAGGAUGUUCACAUUCACGAACUGCUUUAACCAACUUCCAAUGAUUUCCCGCACAACUCUUUUACCUUAUUUAUUAUAAAAGAUAAUACACAAAAAACAAUGUUUUUUACAAGCCGGAA